UCGGUCAGGACGAGAAGCCUGCACAUGGAGCCUCUGAAAAGACGGUCGAGGCAGGCUUAGGCAGGAAGCGAUGCAUAUCGUUCGCAUGCGGUGGCAAGAAGAUCGAGAGGCCUCCAACAUCACAGCCAAAGGAGACUCCCAAGACAGCAGAGCCGUUGCCAUCUUCGGCCUGCCCGCCAAAGCGAAAAUGUGCUUUGAAGUUCAUCUGUCCCACUCGAUCCGCAGCAGAGAGCACACCACCAAUGGAGAGGACAAGCUCCGGAAGACGCAUCGUCAGUCCUCCGCCUCCGGAGCGGAGAUCUGCGAAGUCUGAAUCAAAUUCCCAUCGCGGCUCUGAUUCCACUGUCACCCAUGCUUCACCAAAGAGCUCCCGCAAAAGUCCCGUCAUUGUCGAGACUGCUUCCGCGCCCACUGCAACCCCUUCUGCAAAUGCGCAUCAGCGCAAAGUGUCCGACGAUGAGUCGGAUGCCAGCACAGAAGCAAUUCGAUUCCACGAGUUCGCUUCUAGUGAUGACGAGCCGGAAGAAUGGGUGCAGGAGUCUACUUGUCAUCGCAGCCGCUUGACGGUCAGCGACACUCUCAAGAAAGAGACCUACAUCCGCAAAGCGUGCGAGGAAGUCGAGGAAGAAGCUGUCGAGGAAGAAGAGGACGAGGAUGAUCUCGAUGCGGAAGCGCUCAACGAGGACGAUGAUGACGAUGAUGACCUCGAAGCCGAAGACGAGGACGAGGACGAAGAGGAGGAGUCUGACGAUGGCUUCCGUACCGAUGAUGAAGAUGGCUUUGCCGAAUCCGAUUCUGAAGGUGAAGCGAGCGACGACGAGUGGUGGAGACCUAGUGCCGCUGCAUCGACGGCCGCGACUUCAAUGGAUCGCCUCGACCUCGCGGCCAAUGCCAAACACCAAGACACCGCGCUGUCUUCUUCGGUGGGCUCUGCAACUUCAAGCCACCUCUCGCCAAGAACUUCGCUCAGAAAGGCUCGUCGCAAGAACCAUGCUCACGGGGUACCUAUCCAUCCUAGGGCUGAGCCAGUCGAUCUUCCAGAUUCCACCGACUUUGUGUGUGGCACUCUCGACGAAGACAGACCUAUUGAGCAAGCCUUCAUCAACCACCGCAAGCAGCGUGAGGCGGCGAAGCAUAAAGCACGACCGCAAGACAUUGACCCAACUUUCCCUACCUCGGAUCCCGAACUGGAUGAAGAGGACGAUGAGGAUCUCGUCGACCCGGAAGAGAGCGACUGCGAAAGUCUGAUGCACGGCAAGCUCGAUGAUCUGGACGGCGACACCACGCUCCGACGUCGACCAUCGCAUAGUGCACGCAACAAGACGAACGUGCACAGAUCCCCACCACCUCCAGCUCGCCACAGGUCUCCCGCUCCGUCUGCUUUGAAGCGGGUGCCGGCCAGCGCUCGGUCACCUCCGCCUCCUACCACUAGACGCAGCACUGCUCGAUCUCCACCACCUCGCAAACUCUUUGGUGGUCACUCUCCAAAACGAAGCCGAUCACCACCAGCACCGCUCACCAUGAUGACGUCGCCCCCAAACACAAGGCGAGCAUCGCCAAACUUCCACGCCGAUGCUGCUGCAAACGUGCUGGCCAGCCGCCCACAGCUCACCCACACCUCAUCACUUCCUCGCGGCGGCGGCUUUUAUCUUGGUAAGCCCAACGGUUUCCGCAUCGACGACGGAGAAGACGACGAGCCGGCCGAUCACGCUAAUACCGGCGACUACCAUAAGCGUGGCGCCAUUGACAUCUACAAAGGCCUGGAGAAGAAGCGUCAACGACGCAAAGAGAAGAUGCUUCAAAAGGCCUGCGCGAAAGCAGCUGCCAAGGGCGAGAAGAACUACCGAGUCAAGCCUGGCAGAGGAGCUGAACGCAUGCGCGAGCUGGGCCUUGAGCUUCAGCGAUACCGCGGCAAAGGAGAGCAUAUUCUCUCCAUGUAACUGCCACUACCGUCAUCACCUUUUACCAUUCUGUGCGAAGAGCACAGCGCCGCCGGCACUGUUUCGGCACUUUAACGGGCUUUCAGCAGUCUCCGUGAUGACUCAUGAGAAAGCCUGUCUGGUCGCUGCGCUCGCUACUACAUUUUCAAUUACAAGCUACUUUGUUAUUUCGGCAUGAAGCAUCUGAGCGUUUUUGCUCAAUGGCAUUGGAUUUCUGAUUCAUGCAUUAUACCAGUAACGCAAACGGCACGGCAAUACGAAUGAGCGUUCUAGCAUCCGAUCUGAAUUGAGACGGCAGAGUGACGAUACCAAUGAGAGAGCACACUACUGAGAAGGAAAGAGAGAAUCAAUCAUGCUAAGGCCUGCUACAGCUUUGCUUUGGGGCGUUUGAUGGAUUUCACUUGGGUUGUGCUUGGUUUUUCUUUUUCCUGUAAAUAUGAUGUUACUGAGGCAGGCGACUUGUCUCGCUUCAUUGAAUCAAUCACUUCACGCGCCUCAGAA